AUGUCGGCGCUUAUCCGGUGUUGCUCCUCCUUAUCCCAUACUUCCGGCGACCGACCACCGCCGCGCGACAAGUCACGAGUUCGAGGCAUUUCGCCUUUGCUUUGCUCGGAUAUUGGGAAAUUUGCUACAUCUAUUGGCUACUCAGUAGCCAGAAAACCUGUGGAUCAUCAUCCUUUCUCCAAGAUUAAACAUUUGUCUGCAAAGCCCAAGAAUCAUGAAGGCAAGGAAAUCUUACAAACACCAUUUGCCAGUGUGGAAGCUCUCGACAAGUUGUCAACUUUUGAGGGAAUUGGAAAGCUCAAAUUACCGGUGAUGGCAGUGUUGUUGACAAACUCCCUACUGAUGAGUACACCACUUGAAGCUUUGGCUGCUGAGAUAUGUGAGCCAGAGAAUUCCAUGUUCAGCAUGCCAGUUUUGUCGCUUGUAGCUCUUGUUGGUGCCACUGUUGGAGGGUUGCUUGCUCGGCAGAGGAGAGGGGAGUUACAGAGGUUGAACGAACAACUACGACAGAUUAACGCAGCUCUUAGGAGACAAGCGAAAAUCGAGUCUUAUGCACCAGGCUUAAGUUAUGCCCCAGUGGGAGCAAGAAUCCCAGAGAGUGAAAUCAUUGUGGAACCAAAGAAACAAGAGUUGAUUUCCAAGUUGAAAACAGGAAAGACCUUUCUGAGGAAUCAAGAACCUGAGAAAGCUUUUGCAGAGUUCAAGAUAGCUUUGGAACUUGCCCAGAAUCUCAGAGACCCCAUCGAAGAAAAGAAGGCUGCUAGAGGCUUAGGCGCUUCGCUGCAACGUCAAGGAAAGUAUAGAGAAGCCAUACAGUAUCACUCCAUGGUUCUAGCCAUCUCGAAGAGAGAAGGAGAAGAGUCUGGAAGCACUGAAGCAUAUGGAGCUAUCGCAGACUGUUAUACUGAGCUGGGAGACCUUGAGAAAGCUGGAAAUUUCUAUGACACUUACAUUGCUCGGUUAGAGACGGACUGA